CUCACCACAACUUUAACGUCUUACGCUCUUACGACACUUCCGCCGCUACCCACCGCCGUCUGCGACGAAGAGGACAUGCGAGCACCUUGUUCUCGCUACCCUUUGCAUUCAUCGUCGUUCCUGCUUGUUUGCGCCUCCGCUCUUUAGGUUGGAGGACUGGAAGGAAGGCGUGGCCGACCCCCGUACAGCCUUCGAGUCGAGACUUCCUUGUUCGGUCUGCAUAGCCAGCCCUCACGAUUCUCGCUUUCGUCUCUCCAUUCCAUUCUUCACGCAAUCGCCCUCGCCCUCGCUGUGGGUGCGAUUUACUUACACCUCACUCCCGCAAAAUUGUGCGCGCGCCAUCUUCACCUUGACUGCCGUCGUGCGACGACUACAACGACCUAGCCCGAUCCUCAUAUCCAUCCUCGUAGUAUACAUGCUUCCCCAAUAACCCGCACGACAAUGUCAUUCCUCUUCGGCAAGUCGAAGAAGACGCAGCCGGGCAACGCCCUUCCCGUCGCUACUCGUGAGAUCUCCUCUUCUCAUGGCGAGACCCGCAUUCCUACAGCUAAUGGCCUCGGACGACAAGGUGACGCCGUCGAUCGGAGGGCGCAGCUACAAGGCCAAGGUACAGGAUCUCUCGACUCGUUGAGGGGCAUCGAGGCGGCAGCAGCUGUUUCAGGGAUUGCCCCAAGCGGAGUUCUACCUGGACCAGAGCCGGGCAAGAUGAUGAGGCAACGCGCGGAGUCAGAUCUAGGUACAGCGCGCUCCCCCCAAGCAGAUUCGCCUUAUCCAUGGUCCACACGCCGCCUGAACUUCACCGCUCAAGUAGCACCUUUUCCUCGCUAUGGCGCUGCGACAAAUGCGACAGCCAGCAAGGAGGGCCAGAUCUACCUCAUGGGCGGCCUGGUCGACAGUCAGACUGUCAAGGGUGAUCUUUGGAUGGUGGAGGUUGGAAAUGGCUCUAUGGCCUGCUACCCCGUAAAUACCACAUCCGAAGGGCCCGGACCCAGGGUUGGACAUGCGAGUCUGCUGGUCGGCAAUGCCUUCAUCGUUUUUGGCGGCGACACCAAGUUAGAGGAGGGCGACGUUCUUGACGACACGCUAUAUUUGUUGAAUAUUUCAUCAAAGCAAUGGUCGAGGGCUUCGCCUGCUGGACCAAGACCUGCGGGCCGAUACGGCCAUACCCUUAAUAUCCUUGGCUCCAAGAUUUAUAUCUUUGGUGGCCAGGUGGAGGGUUAUUUCUUUAACGAUCUAGUCGCAUUUGAUUUAAAUUCUUUGCAGACGCCAGGCAAUCGAUGGGAAGUGCUGAUUCCAAAUGGAGGUACAGGCGGGGCUAUUCCCAAGGCACGCACGAAUCACAGCACUGUCACUUGGCAGGAUAAACUCUAUCUAUUUGGAGGCACGGACGGCACACAGUGGUUUAAUGACGUGUGGGUAUAUGAUGCUCGUACCAAUCAAUGGUCCGAACUCGAUUGUAUAGGUUACAUACCAGCGCCGCGAGAAGGACAUGCGGCUGCACUGGUCAAUGAUACUAUGUAUAUUUUUGGUGGCCGCCUGCAAGAUGGUACGGAUCUCGGCGAUCUUGCAGCCUUCAAAAUCUCUUCGCGACGCUGGUACAUGUUCCAAAACAUGGGCUCCUCGCCCUCGGCACGCUCAGGUCACAGCAUGACUGCUGUUGGUAAACAUAUUGUCGUUUUAGCAGGAGAACCCAGUUCAGCACCCAGGGACGCUGCAGAGCUAAGUUACGCUUAUGUCCUUGACACGACUAAGAUCAGAUACCCGGCAAGCGAAAGUGCGCCUGGGGGAGUGCCCGUUCAAGGCCAGCAAUCACCGCCCACAGGCCCCGGUGGCCAAUUACCCCUAAGAAAAUUUAGCAACGAUCAAAGCAGGAUACCCCAGAAAUCAGGGAUUCCAGUGACUUCUGGUCAAUCAUAUGCACGGUCUGCAGAUGUAGCGAAUGCCUCGCAAACGAACGGUCUGUCACAGCAACAGCAAGGAGGCUUAGGCCAGCAAUCUCGAUUGCCACGAAAUGCUGGAUCUGGACCACCACCUCCCCAAGCAGCUCCCCAGCCCAGGGGACCACCUGGAACGAUGCCCGGACAGCCUGGAUCAAGAAGCCGUACUCCAACAAGGGGUGCGCCAUCGGAUGCGGUAUCAAAAACCCAGAUGUACGAACGCGAAAAUAUGAGCUCUCCCACAUCAAGGGAACGUGCGAUGGGUGCUCAGAGCCCGAACAGCGUUGAGCGCGGAAUGAUGAGCACCAUGGGAGCAAGUUCGGGAACGCAGUCUCGCCAAGGGCCACCGUCACGAAGUGGAUCAAGAACACAAAGACAGCAGGCGUCUGUAGAUAGCUCUGGCGGACGUUCUACCCCACGCCAGUCCGAGGAACUGACACGUACAUCUACUCGGGACACGUUACCACAGCAACAAAUUGACAGCGGACUAGGAUCGAGUCCUGCAUUGGGUCAGCACACAGAAGAUCUGGUCAAAGAACUUGAAGCAGCGCGGAGUCGUAACGCAUGGCUCGCUUCAGAGCUGGCGCUUGCACGAAAGGCUGGGUACAAUCAAAGUACGAAUGGAAAUCCUCUAUUAGAUCAGCAGGCGGCGAACAUCUUUGACGAUGAUGACCGACCACUAAUCGAAGCUCUACUCGAGAUGAAGGCGGAGCUUGCACGCGUUCAAGGCUCAAUCGAGACUCAAGCCGAAUCAACCGCUGCACGAAUUGCAGAGAUAGAAAAACAGCGCGACGCGGCGAUCAGCGAGGCUGUAUAUGCAAAGGCCAAGCUCGCGGCGCAUCUAGGUGGGAACAGCCAGGCAGGUACUCCCCAACCAGAUCAGCAAGGCGCCUCAACACCCGAUCUAGAGCGUAAUAACGACAUGAGCCGCAGGUUGGCGAGUAUGCUGACAGCGCACAAUGAGCUAAACGCCAAAUUAGAGAGUCUGACCGCCGAGCUCGAAGCUGAGCGCAAGGCCAGGAGCGUUGUCGAGGACAGCGCAGAAGCGGCGCAGAAGCGGGCUGCAGAGCUGGAUCUUUAUAAGCAGCGGGCUGCAUCUGAGCUGGAGAGUCUGCGAGCCGAGCUCCACGAGGCGAAACGCAUCGCCAGGGACGAGUCGACGAAAUGCGCAGAGGCGCUGGCGCAGCUGCGCAUGCAUGAGUUAGACAAGACGGACAUGGCAAACAAACAUGCGAAGGUCGUGUCAGAGUCCAAAAAUCAUGCGCUCGUCCUACAGACGCUUCGAGAAGCUGUCACGGCGUCGACAGAGAAGGCGGAUCUAUUGGAACGCCGAAUUGCCGAGGAGCGCGAGCUCCGUGAGGCGUUAGAACGGAAACACGCACAACUAAAGAAUGAGCACGAGGAGAGCGUGGGCCAGCUUGCUGCGACAACUCGCAAACUGAAGGAGGUAGAGGAGCUCGCGGAGAAACAUGCCGAAGAAGCGCGCACGCACAAGGCGGCUGUUCUUUCUGGCCUGGACCGCGUAUCCGCUCGCGGUCUUGACGAAGAUGAAAUCAACGACGAGCGUGUCACAGUUCUGCGGCAACAGCUCGACAUCUCGAAUGAGAUGGCACGGCAGCAUAAGGCGGCCGCGGAUGCCGCGGCAGAUCGCUUACGUCGCGCGGAAGAGCGCAUCGCAGGUUUGGAGCAAUACCAGGAGCAAACAACGAGAGAAUCGCUCAAUCUACGCAAGCAGCUGCAAAACGCGGUUAAGGAGGCGCAGGCCGCCCAAUCAGAGCGCGCUUCCUUACAAGCGCAGCUUGAACGAAACCAACUCGAGGGCAAUGCGUUGGAGGUCCAGCUGCGCACAUUGAAGAGUCUGCUUGAAGAGCGGGGUGUGAGCACUGCAGGCGCAGAUGUACGGCGCUCACGUGCUCUGGACAGUCCGUCCAGCAGGUACGGCACACCCGAAGCAGGAAGAGUCCGCGAGCUGGAGCGGCAGCUGGAAGAGAGCGUUAAAGCCGGAGAGGAAGUUCGUGCCGCAUUCGAGAGUCGUGAACAGGAGCUCAAUCGGGAGUGGGAGGAAAAGCUUGCCACUCUGGAGAAUGAUCGUGAAGGUGUGAUGAAGUACGUUCGUGGCCUCGAGAGAAUGCUUGCCAAGAUGAAGCAGGAGCUGCAGAAGGCCAAGGCGAGUAAUGCAGAGCUAGAGAAAGGCUUAAAGGAGCGGCGUGGAAGUGCGGCUAAUGCGGAGGCAAAUGCGGCGGAGCUGGAGAAGCUCAAGGGCGAUAUGGCGACUCUGGAGCGUGAGGUUGCUAACCUGAAAGAGUCGCUGGAGAAGACAGAGGCAGAUCGUGACGCGUUGAAGAAGCAAGUCAAUGAAUCGCAAGCAGAACACACGGCGCGCAUCAACAACAUUACCGAGCGUGCCAACGCCGAUCUCGAAGCUCUGAGACGAGAGAAUUCCCUACUCGAGGAGCGCGCUAAAGAUGCUGAAAAGAAAGUCCAGCUCUUCCUCGACCAGUUCGAGACUUCUGUCGAUAACUACCGCCGACAAUCGCGUCUUGAAGCUCAGAAUCGUGCUGCAGGCGGGGGCCCGAACGGUGUAGCCAGACACGGCCACAAAGACAGCCUCGGCGGUGAGAGUUUGUUCAGCAACAUUACGGAUACAGAAGAUGCCGAGACAGAUAACUCGGGCGAGCUCACUCCCAGUGCUCAUUCCUUUGCCACAGCCGGUUUCGCGGGCGGUAUUGUCAGCUCCGACAAGUCUGGCUCGACGCAUGCGCGAGACAGGUCCAGUACAGCACUCGACUCCCUAGCAUCCGAACUGGAUGCCCUGCGCACGCAUUGGGAAGAGUCGAGCAAGAAAAAUUACAGGCUUAGCGAUAAGUUUGACUUCGAAAAGCCAAGCUCCUCUUCCGGUCUUGGUCUGUCAACAUCGACUAUGGGGUCAUCCGUCAAUUCGACUCCCGAGGUCAGCAGUUCAGGCGGACUGAGUGAUUGGAGGAAGAAGAUGGACUUGAGCAUCCGGUCCAACGAGGGUGAUAAGACUGAUGCAAAGGCAGGAGGCUCACCUGUUUCAGGUACCUCAUGACGAAAUCUUUCUUUCGACUUGUGCGUGCAUCAUGUCUUUGUUAGAUGAGAAAUUUUCUUUCGUUUGUGCUUGAGGCUUUUUUUUUUAAUUUCCGCAUCUCUGAGGAUGCUAAUAUAUUCUCACGCUGAUGAGUAUGGAAUUGCACUGGCGAUCAGAAUGUGGGGACUGCUGCCAUCACUAGUAUGGUGUGCGGUAAACAGAAAGAGAGAGGACGCACGCAUUGCUUCUUUUUUUUCUUUCCUUCCUGCUCAUUUCACACGCAUACGUGGUAGUUGUAGCGGGUCGCAACAACUGCGAGCAGACAAGCGUUUUUGAUGGGCCGUGUGUUGCAUUAUACCCUUCCCAUCAUAAUGUCUUUUUACUCUUUCAUUCUUCAUCGAGACUAUACUUUGUACGAGCAGGGCCGUGACUUGUUCGUCCAUACGUCCCUUUUUGACGCUUUGCUCUCCCCAAGGCCUUCGUUCAAAUGUAUUGUAUGGCGAACGUACCCUUGUGUAUACAUUCUUUUCGCUUCUUGGCUUUCAGUUCGACUUGGUAUUGUUCUGUUUUCAUUGUUGUUUGGAUGCGAAACUUGCGAAGGAAUAAGAAAUGCAAAGUUACUUCACGGUGUCAUGCUGAAUAAAUCUUUGCAUGAGUCUUGGAGGCUAGGCGCUUUUAUAUAUACAUAUGCAGCUUUCGUUGGUAAUCUGAUAGGUAGAGGUAAUGCACCUGUUUUACG